UGUGUUUCUCACACAACUAAAUUUUAAUAACAAAUAGAAGUAAUAAUUUAGCGACGAUGACCUCUUUGAUUAUAUUAAAAGCUAUGCUAUUUUCCAAAGCUGUACAAAAACGAAAAAGGGAAGAGAGAGAACGCCAUUCAUGCGUCGAAGACAGUGCCAUAAAUAUGUGCAGAAUUUGCUGCAAAGAAAACGGAAAGGUUGCUAUAUUCAAUAAUGUACAGUAUCCAAAUAUGCCUGAAGAUAUAACUCAAUUUUCAGGAGUAGAUGUUUCCAACAAUGAUGAUUAUCCUAAACAUAUUUGUAAUACAUGCCUCAAACUUUUAAAAAAGUGCAUCAAAUUCAGACAUCUUUGCAACUUAAGCAACAGGAGACUUCAAGAGUUACAGGCUGAAUGUGAAACUACAGAAAUUAUUGAUGAUGUCAGUGAAUUACCCAAUGAAACAGAGGAGUCCUACAAUGUUGCUUCUCCCACAUUUCCUGGUAGAAUCGAAAAAUGGAUGUGUACUACAUGCAACAAAGAAUUUCAAGAUAUGUAUGCUUAUAAUGAUCAUCUAUCAGAGUGUGUCGUAAAAUUAAAUGAGAGGAAAAAACGAAAUGCUGAAAUGAACAAAAAAUCUUAUCUCUGUGAUAUAUGUGGCAAGACAACAAAGUCUAAUGCAAGUCUUCUUAUUCAUAAGGCUAUUCAUGAACAAGUAUUUCCAUAUAAAUGUGAUCAGUGCCCAUAUAAAGGGAGGACUAUGGACUUGCUGAGAAUACACAAGAGAUCACAUCUCAUUGACAAACCAUACAAAUGUACACAGUGUCCGAAAGCCGCGUCCACAUCCAGUAACUUGGCCAAACAUGUGCUACAUGCCCACAGCACUACCAGACCGCAUAAGUGUACUUACUGUGAUAAAUCGUUUGUUUGUAAACACGACAUGACAAGACACAUACGAGACAUACAUCUGAGGCAAGGGACCGUCGAGUGUAAUAUAUGUUACAAGAAAUUCAAUACAAAAAAAAUUUUACAAGGGCACACAAGAAAAAUACAUAAGAUAAAAAGCGAGCGACACGGCCGCUUACCGUCUUACCUACAUUAUAUUGGGGAAACGGAUUAUGCGGAGCAAAAGUGAUUCGGCUAUGGGACUGUGUCGGAGCUCAAAAUGUGUAUCAGUAUACGCCUAGUAAGCAAUAAGCAUGUGUUGUUCUCUCAAUUUUGGCGAAGCAGUGAACCGCUGGUCAAUUGAGUUGAGAUAAAAACUUAGUUCGGUUAUCACUAGUGAACCAUUGAACUGAUUGAACCACGCAAACACGUCCAUUCGUUAUAGAGUUUGUUCAUAAUAUCUGUCACCUGUGAGUUGUGACGUAGGUUGUGACCCAAUAUUAUGCCUUCAUUAAAACCUGAGGGAGCCACACUUUAAAACAAAUAGGCUGAUUCAAUGAUAAUACCGGCCAGCGUUGCCAGACGUCCCGAUUUUGGCGGG